AUUUCACUUAUUAUUAUCCUUUCUCCUAUAAUUAUUAUUUCUUCUAUCAUUUUCACUCGCCUCUUGCACCCUCUAGCAAUGGGGAUUAUACUACUAUUUCAGACCAUUAUAAUUUGUGUCACUGCCGGACUAUCUAUAAAUUCAUUUUGGUUCUCCUAUAUUUUAUUCCUCAUUUUUUUGGGAGCUAUACUAGUUCUUUUUAUCUAUGUUGCUUCUUUAGCAUCUAACGAGUCUUUUAGUUUCUCAGGGUCUCUCUUUUUAACCUCUUUUUUUAUUACUUUUAUAGGAUUUAUAAUAAUCUUUGUAGACCCUCUUCUUCUAAACACUCCUAUAUCAAUCCAGCAAUCUUCAUUAACAAAUAACCACUUAUCAUCUACUCAAUUUUUAUUAAGUUCUAUUUAUAAUUAUACUACUAUAAAUCUUACUUUAUUUAUUGUUCUUUAUUUAUUAUUAACUUUAAUUGUAGUUGUAAAAAUUACAAACACUUUUUUCGGUCCUUUACGUUUAUCAUCAUAA